GGGGGGCUGCAACUCCUUAAUCUGUAAUGGUGCAAAUGCGGGAGUGAGUCACUCCCGCAACAUUUUUUAUCAUUCUAAACAUUUGCUGACUUUCUUUACGUAAAUAAAAUGAUAUUCUAUAUUUCUUAGUCAAUAUAUAAAUUUUCAACCUGCAACUUACGAUUUGUGAAGCUCUAUUCUACCGUUUUCAACAAUUUCGAUAUUUUCCAAUUUCUCGAUUCUUAUUUAUACCCCAUGUUGAUGACUGAAGUUUCACUUCCGCUUGUCAAGUUAUUUGCAUAUGGCAUAUAAGGUAGUAUUUACAUCAAUGGACAAGUACGGAGGAGAAAGAUAUUUAGAAAUCCACUACGACAUUUCGCGAUAACAAGCAUGGCGGAGCAGACGAAGACCUUUGCAUGCUGUACAUGAUGUUUAAUGAAAAAUACCUUUAUCAGUCAUACCUGAUCACAAAAGGUAACUAAAUUGAACUGUUGUUGCGGAAAUGACCAAGAUGUUACGAUGAACUAUGCAAUCGGAACAUCUUUGGGCGUUGUCAGUCACGUCACAAAGACACGCAGGCAACUAGGAUUUCCAGGUGUUGUGGUUUGUACUGAUGGGACUAUUAUUAAGAUUCAGGCUCCCAAAGAAAAUGAAGCUGAUUAUAUAUGUCGGAAAGGAUAUUAUGCCCUCAACAUACAAAUGACAUGCGACCCACGGUAUCAAAUAAUUGACUUGGUGGCAAAGUGGCCAGGCAGUGUGCAUGAUUCAAGAAUAUUCCGUGAAUCAGCCUUAUGCACAUAUUUGGAGGAAGGUCAGAUUCAGGGGAUAUUACUUGGCGAUUCAGGGUAUGGCCUAAAACCUUAUCUGAUGACCCCAUACUUAUCAGCAGAGGCAGAGGCCACACAGAAGUUCAAUGCAGUUCAUUGCAGAACUAGGCAAUUAUCUGUUCUAUAAUCAUUUUAUGAAAGUCAAAAUUCUUCAAAAGAAUAUGGUUUGCUUAUGGUAAUACAUAUUUUUCUUUUAAUCUCAGAGUAACCAUAGAGCAAACGUAUGGAAUUUAAAAAAAAAAAAGAUUCAAUGCUCUUCACUGCGGAUUAAGAACAAAUCCUGAGCGAGCAUGCAGGGUGGUCAUAGCAUGUGUCAUCCUGCAUAACAUUGGUCUAAUGAAGGGGGACAUUUUGACAGAGGUGCCCCCGAUUACUACUGACUCCAGCAGAAUACAUGAUGUUGUUAUCCCUGAUGAUGCAAUUGGUAGAACUGUGCGGGAUACCUACUUUCAUGUUUAAAUCUUGUGGUACUUCAAUUCUGUACAACACAAAUAACAAAUCAUAUGAUUAUGACCCUCACUUAAUACAAACACAAGCGAAAAAAUUAAAUGCAUUACGAUUGUUGUAAAGUAAUAUUCAUAAAUUAUGUUCAAAACAAUUACAUAUAACACACCUUGACAUGUAAUACAAGAAUUAAGGACAAAAAGAUGGCCAUACAAACUCUUGUUUUUUAAUAUAAGGCUUUAUGUGCUCACACAUGUUAUUACAUUAUGAUAUUUAUGAGUUUUGUCUAUUGCAGUUUAAAAAUAAACAACAGCAACCGAGCUUUAACUUUGAUGAUAAUAUGUAAUUGAGUUUAUGGUUUACAAACUAACAAUCUUUAUCAUAUUCAACAUAAUGCAUGUAUAUCCUUCAUCCAUCCAUCACAAAUGCUAAUGCACACUUAGGAAUGCAAUACAAACAGUAAACAUGAACAGUGUGUACACUUCAGAAAAAAUGACCAUCCAAAAUUUUGGUUAUGAAUUUUAGAAAGGAAAUGCAAUUAAAACGAAAGCAUUGUCAAAAAUAUUGAUGCCCAACUCACCUACAUGUCAUAAGGACCAUAAAUUUUAAGACCUAAAUGAUAUCGCUAGGAAAAAAUUGUAACAUUCUUUGCUCUAUACAGGCUGGGGAAAUAAAUUACAAUGUUGUACAUGAGAAGAAUAUGACAAGAGGCCCAUGGGCCACAUCCCGCAUCAGUUGAACUCUGGACCAUUAUAGUUAUCACUGCAGCUAAAAUAUUGAUCACUUACUGUAAGGAAAAUAUUGUUAAAUAUUAUCCUACAUAAACCUAUUUCAAAUUAAUCCAUAUCGGAUAAGUGUGACACUGUAUUUUACACCCUCCACCCCUCUUCGAUCAACUAUAAUUUUAAGGAUAACAAUUGGGCCCCCGUUAUCGAAAUAUGCACAUCUACAAAUAGUAAUGAAGUAUUGUACAGAAUUUCAAGUGUAAAAACAAAAAGGUACAAAAUGUUGGUGAAAAAUAAAGGAAAUCUAUCGCAAAAUGGACUUGACAAAUAAUUCAAUGGGAACAGAGUUAUUGCCCUUGGAUUCAAUAUUUUGAAACAUAUAAUUGAUUAUUCAAAUACAACUUUUGAAAUAUUUUAAGGCUUAACAAGAUUUUUUACAACAACUAUUGAAAAAGAGUCCAACAAAAUUUAAGUUCCUGUCAUGCAUAAAUCUUAUCAAAUCAAAAUCGUAUGAUAUCACAGGAGGGUGGAAAUACUUUAAGUGAUUAAAAACCUAAUUGAUUGUAAUUACAUCGUACAGUACCAAAAAUGAACGUUAAUAUACCAGCAUCUGCCUGAUUUUAAAUGGACAAACUCUUACAUUUUAUUACUAUGUAACAUCUGCACUGCAACCUCUGGGUGCCAAUUAACCAAAAUUUGAAUUUUAAACUCAUAGAAAGAUUUCUGUAUUCUAAUAAGGUCCCUCUCAUCUUUUAUCUUCUUGAUCUCUUCCUGACUUUUUUCAUUUUCAAAGGAGAGGUUCCUUUCUUCUAACUCCAGGAUGGUCAUUUUCCUCUUCAACUUACCAGAAUCUAUUAAAACAAGUAAAGAAUUGACAGUGAUGGAUUUCUCUUUGUCACACACACAUACACACAAAACUUUAAUGAUAGUGUGAGUGUACACUGGGCUGACGUCUCAAUUGAAACCUUAUCACAUCAGUUUAAAUAUUAUUGCUUCUUUUUCUACUAUUUGCCUGUAAAUAUGCAAUACUAUCUCGAUUACCGGUAACGGAAGUACAAUAACGUAAAUUGUAUGUAUUUCCCCUUUUUUGUCUGUACACAUAAGAAGAUAUGAUACAAAGAAUUCAGACAAAUCUAGAUCAUAAUUUCUGCAUUUUAAUCUGGAUUACAUUAAUGAUAAAAGUCCUCAGUAGGGCCCUCUCUGACUGUCAGUUUUCCAGUUCUCAUUUAUAUUACCUGUUGCCUUCCUCUUUUCUGACAGGUUGGAGGAGGUAGAAGGCAGGUUUGAGGAGAUGGAAGGCAGGUCUGAGGAGGUGGAAGGCAGGUCUGAGGAGGUGGAAGGCAGGUCUGAGGAGAUGGAAGGCUGGCUCUCCGACAGAUCUGUGAAAAUUGUCAGACAAUAAAUUUUAGUAAUUAAAAAGUCAUGUUCAUUUCCUUGGUGCCAAAGCACAGACUUCAAUAAUCUUAGAAUAAAAGUGUUCUUAUGCUUGU